GCAGUGUACACUGCGUAGGAACUCAAGUCACGUGAUCGGAAGUAUUGUUUCUAGUGGGACCGCGCGAAUGUUGCACGAAAUUGACAUCUCGGCGGCACAACUUUGAAUUUGAAAACAGCUCAAGAGGACAUUAAGCAGAAUGUCCCGAGCAAUGGCAGACAGUCACAGGCGCUUCUUGCAGACCAUGAUGAGCAAUGGCAUCAUCAGUGCAUCUCAGGCUGAAGCACUACACAAACACUGCUGUGAGACCCAUGGAGCGCACUAUGUGGCAGACAGAUUAGAUGAUUUCAUUAAUGUCAUCAACGCUCAGCUUCAGCCCUUGUUCAUGUACAUCAGGAAAGGCAUGUCUGAAGAAAAUGGACUGGAGUAUUAUGCCUUGGUAAACAUGACCGAGACAGACAUAACAAGAAUGGCGUCUGAUUAUGCAGAUAAUGAACUGGAAUUAUUCAGAAAAACGAUGGAUCUGAUUGUGGACUCUGAGAGCGGCUCUGCCUCCUCCACUGAUAUUUUAAACUGUGCCGACAGCCUCCGGACAAAGAAACUGAAGAAAAAAGAAACCGAGCAUGUCUUGAACAAAUUUGUCCAGGACAAAUGGUUAAACGAGAAAGACGGUGAAUACACUCUUAGUGUCCGCUGCGUUGUGGAGAUGGAACAGUAUAUGCGCUCAAUCUACCAGGAUCUCAUCAAAGUGUGUCAUGUGUGCCACAACAUUGCCCUGCAGUGCCAAAUGUGUGAAAACCCAGCAUGUGGAAUCAAGGUGCACCUCCCGUGUGCUGCUAGAUAUUUCAGAGCACGCAGUGACCCUCAUUGCCCAUCAUGCAAUGAUUUCUGGCCUCACGAGAUUCCAGAAAUGCAGCAUUUCCAGUCACAGAGUUCACAGAAUCUACCUUCAUCAUCCAGAGAGAACACUGCACCCACAACGUCCCGGCGGUCGAGGAGGUCAUGAUCUCAAAUCCUGCUGAUCCAUCGCUUCAGCUGUUAUUUCAAGUGCUUUCUCUGAAGAGUCUAAGAUUGUUUUUACAUGUAUUUUCUAUUAUUAAAGUAUUGUUAUUGAAUAAGUUUGUUUCUCAAUUCCACUUCUUUUGUUGUUGUUAGAAUUUGAAUUCAAGAUCAAAUUGUUUAUGCAAAUAAACUUAUGUCUCUUUCUUUGCU